AUGAAUCAGAACUCUUCGGAAUCGUUGUUACAAAGUGCAGAUGGAAAACUUACCAUCGACAAUCAAGUUUCAGACCAUGGCAACAUGAAUUCGAUUCCUUCCGUUUAUAGAAAGAAUUUAUCUGUUUCAUCUUAUCCACAAGAAACACUGAACAAAGAAACCGUUCACAUCAAUUUAGAUCCUAAUACAGCGCCUGCUCGAUACCGUGGCAUUCGUGAUUUAGAUUUAAAUUCGUGGGAUGACGAAGCAGCGGGGAAAUUACGUGUAUCAUUUCUUCCUUCUGGAGAUUUAUACGACUUUUUAUCUCCGUGUAGACGUUCUCUUGGCCUUCGUGCCGUUACUCGCUCUGUAAAUUCGCGGCCUCUUAAACGAACAUUAGGUGUUAUCUGGUUUGUUAACGAUUGUUGUGGGAUUACUUGUAUUUUUAUCACUUGGCUACUUAUUCUGUAUGCAGAGUUUGUAAUAGACUUCAUAAUACUAAGUCACUCUCCAUCACAUGCCUUUUACUGGACUAGUGGAACGAUUUAUCAUUUGUUUGCCAUCCUGGCAGUAGUUUCCCAUUUCAAAGCAUUCAGCACAGACCCAGGUAGCAUCCCAAUCGGUGCAGCAAAUCAGGCAUUUGCAAAAUGUUUACAACAGUAUUCUUCUUAUUUAUCUGCCCCUCCUAUACGUUGCACAAAGUGCCUUACUAUUAAACCUAUUCGUGCCCAUCAUUGUCGCAUUUGUCAACGAUGUAUACGUAAAAUGGAUCACCAUUGUCCAUGGGUAAAUAACUGUGUCGGUGAAGGUAAUCAAAAGUACUUUGUUUUAUUCGCUUUUUAUAUUUGUCUAAUGUCAUUUACUGCUAUUGGAAUGUGUAUUUAUUUUCUUUUGCAAUGUUUGGGUUCCGAAUGGGAGGUUUGUCAAUCAAAUCAGAAUGUUAUUAUACUAGGCAAUUUUAGUUCAUUAGCGUGCAGUGCAUUUGCCCUAGGAUUGAUAUGUGAAUCCUUGAUGUUCGGUAUUUUCACUUUAGUUAUGUGCAUCAGUCAAUUGUGCGCUAUUUCAAAUGAUGAAACAGUAAGUUAUAUGCACCUACUCUCUUAUAUUAAUAAUCAUAGUUAUAAUGAAACUCCCUAUUCAAUUUAAUGUUUUUAUCUCUUUGCAAAUUUAUACUGAUAAUGUUAUGUAGAUAAACAGUGUUAGCUUCACAUCUAAACUGUCCGACUCGGGGAAUGCGAAUCUACCUUAAGAAGUUCAUUUAAUAAUAAGAUGUUUAAGUCACACUUAUUAUAUAAAGUUGCUUAGAGAUACUGACCAACUGUUGUUUGUAAUGCCUAUCACCCACUACAUCCAACAUAUCGCUUUAUAAAUAUUAUGCAUAUCUUUCAACAUCAUAUAUGAAGUAUAGCUAAUCUGCUACUUCUCUUAUCAAUUAAAGUUAGAAGAGCUUUAAUUAACGAAAAUUUGUACACUUUUACCCCUUAACAUUACAUAAUCUGUUAUUUCAAAUCAUAUCAUUCGUGUAACGUUGCUACUUUCAAACAAUAAUUCUGGACGUUGAUUAAGUGUGAUUUGGGUAGUCUCUUUAUAUUGACUAUUAUCUGAAUAUUCUAGGUUAAUUUUCGACUUACAAUACAUCUAAUCGUAUCCUAGUAACAAUCUUUUAACCUUAUGUUCGUUAUAUAUAUCGAACAAUCUCUUACUCCAAAUAGGUGGAAUAUCCGAUUUGUAAAGAGGUCUACACCAGGUUAACUUUCCGAUAAAGAUUCUGCAUUUAUAUGUAAAAAGAAUAACAUUAGGUCAUGUGUCUUUUGGUGCUUUAUUAUUCUCACUUUCUUUCGAUUCUCUCCUUUUUUAUGUAGGUCGACACAAAAUGUUCAUAGUGUAUGCAAUAUUUUGAAGGGAAUUGCAGAAGCUUAGCACUAAAAUACUGUCUAAGUACUCUAUCCAACAUUCCAACUGUAUUCACUGUUUAUAAAAAUGCCAUUUAAUCCAAUGUUAUUAUUUGCUUGAGUAAAGAUGAACAGUUGCUAGCGAUUUGUAGACGCAUCAAUCUCGCUUUCACGAUAUUUAUGUGAAUAUUACACAAAAAUUCCUACUACAGAACUUAAGCUUAUUGUUGUACUCAUAAUCUUUCAAACUGCAUUGAUAUCUAUCAAUCAGUUUUAAGUGAUCCCUUAUAUAAUACUUCAAUCAAUGUUUUCAUUAUAUCUUGUAAUUACAAACAAUCUUCAUCUACACUUUUAGUGAAGUGACAACUAACCUUUAGUCUAGAUUCAUCUGUUAUUUAGUUUGUAAUUGUCGGUACAAACUAUUCACUUUGAUUAGUUUUAAUCAAGAAAAAAGUGUUUGACAAAUAAAAAUCAGAAACGUGUUGGCAGAAAAAGAUGUCAAUUAUAAACAUAUUUGAUCAGUUAAUGGAAACUAACCAUAAACUGCGUAAUACUUACUUACUUACUUUCGCCUGUUACUCCUAAUAGGCCGCCGAACAGCCUUCUCCAACCCACUCUGUUCUGGGCCUUCCUUUCUAGUUCCAUCCAAUUCUUGU